GGAAAUUCUCCCUUCUCCCAGAUCCUGGCAGUUUGUGUAUAGCGUGGAUGGGGGAUAAAGAAAUCAGGUCUCCGCAAUACAAGGGGUUGCAAGUGAAUGACACUAUCUGAUGGGGGGGUGUUGUAAAGGAGACCAGUAUGCUGCAGAUAGCAACAGCACUGAUCAGCUAAGAAACAAAUAAUCCUUCCAGAGCCCCCUCUCCAAAGCUCCAGGACCUGACCGCAGAAGGAGCCUCUCAUCCCUGCCUUGUACCGAGCUUUACUGAAGAAUCCCUCAUUUGUUAAUCUCAUUCCUUUUUUUUUUCCUUUUUUUUACAUUUUUUAAAAAUUUUUUUUUAGCCUUUGCUGCUGAAAGCUACGAAGGAUCUUGUCUGCUGCACACAAGGAUUUCGCGUCUCACCCCCCUAUAUCCCCCAAUCCUUUCGAAUUUUUUUGAUUUUUUUUAUGUAUUUCUGCACCGUUUGCUUAUGUGGAUAUGCAAGGUAGAAGAGAGGAGAGCAUAAUCCCACCAUGUCCAGUGCUUUAACCCAGCAGCCUAAAGGAACUGUAUCUUCAAGCCCAGGGAGAGUAAGAGUUGAAGAUGAGGCCUACAGAAGCCUGCUACUUCUUAAAAAUCAGCCUCUUGAUCCUUUUCUAUGUGGGUUGCUUUGCCCAGAAACAUCCCAGUAUGGACAUUGCAGUAAUCUUGGUAGGCACCUCAGACGAGGUGGCCAUCAAAGAUGUUCACGAAAAAGAUGACUUCCACAACUUGUCAGUAACACCAAGGGUGGCUUUGGUGACUAUGAAUGAAUCCGAUCCUAAGAGUAUCAUCACACGAAUCUGUGACCUCAUGUCUGACAAGAAGGUGCAGGGGGUAGUAUUUGGUGAUGACACUGACCAGGAGGCUAUUGCUCAAAUUUUGGACUUUAUUUCUGCUCAGACCCACACUCCCAUCCUAGGCAUUCAUGGUGGAUCAUCAAUGAUUAUGGCUGAUAAGGAAGAAUCUUCGAUGUUCUUCCAGUUUGGGCCCUCCAUUGAACAACAGGCUUCUGUAAUGCUGAACAUCAUGGAGGAAUAUGACUGGUACAUUUUCUCCAUCGUCACUACCUACUUCCCCGGAUACCAAGACUUUGAGAAUAAGGUGCGGAGCACCAUCGAAAAUAGCUUUGUGGGUUGGGAACUAGAAGAAGUCAUACAUCUGGAUAUGUCCUUAGAUGACAAUGACUCUAAGAUUCAAAACCAACUUAAGAAGCUCCAAAGUCCUGUCAUCCUGCUGUAUUGCACAAAAGAAGAAGCCACUUAUAUAUUUGAAGUGGCCCAUUCGGUUGGAUUGACGGGUUAUGGCUACACAUGGAUUGUACCCAGCCUCGUGGCUGGUGACACCGACACUGUGCCCGCUGAGUUCCCUACUGGACUCAUCUCUGUGUCCUACGACGAGUGGGACUAUGACCUUCCUGCUCGAGUGAGAGACGGGAUUGCUAUAAUCACCACCGCAGCUUCUACCAUGUUGUCCGAGCACAAAUCCAUUCCACAGUCCAAGAGCAGCUGCUUCAACAUUCAAGAAAGUAGACACGAUGACGCCCAUGUGUUGAACAGGUACUUAAUCAAUGUAACAUUUGAAGGACGGAACCUCUCAUUCAGUGAAGAUGGAUACCAGAUGCAUCCGAAAUUGGUUAUCAUUCUUCUCAACCAGGAGAGAAAGUGGGAAAGGAUUGGCAAAUACAAGGACCGUGGAUUACAGAUGAAGUAUUACGUGUGGCCGGUGUUUGAUUUGUAUCCCGAUUCCGAAGAACAUAAAGAUGAACAUCUGAGCAUUGUUACCUUGGAAGAAGCUCCUUUUGUUAUUGUGGAAGAUGUUGAUCCCUUGAGUGGCACCUGCAUGAGGAAUACAGUUCCCUGUCGCAAGCAGAUACGCAUUGAGAACCGUACAGAAGAAGGAGGAAACUACAUCAAGAGAUGCUGCAAGGGGUUCUGUAUCGAUAUCCUGAAGAAGAUCGCUAAAACUGUGAAGUUUACCUAUGAUCUUUAUCUGGUAACAAACGGCAAGCAUGGCAAGAAAAUAAAUGGCACAUGGAAUGGAAUGAUUGGCGAGGUGGUAACGAAACGUGCAUACAUGGCUGUUGGGUCCCUUACCAUCAAUGAGGAGCGCUCAGAAGUAGUGGACUUUUCUGUACCAUUUAUAGAGACUGGUAUUAGUGUCAUGGUGUCGAGAAGCAAUGGAACAGUCUCCCCCUCUGCAUUUCUUGAGCCCUUUAGUGCUGAUGUCUGGGUCAUGAUGUUUGUGAUGCUCCUUAUUGUGUCUGCGGUGGCGGUGUUUAUUUUUGAGUACUUCAGUCCAGUGGGGUACAACCGGUGCCUUGCAGAUGGCCGAGAGCCUGGUGGUCCUUCGUUCACAAUUGGCAAAGCCAUUUGGCUGCUCUGGGGCUUGGUGUUCAACAAUUCUGUGCCUGUGCAGAAUCCAAAGGGAACUACAAGUAAGAUCAUGGUGUCGGUUUGGGCCUUCUUCGCUGUGAUCUUUCUAGCCAGUUAUACAGCCAACCUUGCUGCCUUCAUGAUCCAAGAAGAGUAUGUGGACCAGGUGUCCGGUCUCAGUGAUAAAAAGUUUCAAAGACCCAAUGAUUUCUCCCCCGCCUUCCGAUUUGGCACUGUCCCGAAUGGCAGCACAGAAAGAAAUAUCCGUAACAACUACCUCGAGAUGCAUACUUACAUGGUGAAAUUCAACCAGCGAUCAGUGCAAGAUGCUCUACUCUCCUUAAAAACUGGUAAACUGGACGCCUUUAUUUAUGAUGCUGCUGUGCUGAACUACAUGGCAGGGCGGGACGAGGGCUGCAAACUGGUAACCAUCGGAAGUGGCAAAGUCUUUGCAUCCACUGGUUAUGGGAUUGCUAUCCAAAAGGACUCUGGAUGGAAAAGACAGAUCGACCUGGCAAUCCUGCAACUAUUCGGUGAUGGGGAAAUGGAAGAGCUGGAAGCCCUCUGGUUGACUGGCAUUUGUCAUAAUGAGAAGAAUGAGGUGAUGAGUAGUCAGCUGGACAUCGACAACAUGGCUGGUGUCUUCUACAUGCUGGGCGCCGCUAUGGCUCUGAGCCUCAUCACCUUUAUAAUGGAGCACCUCUUCUUCUGGCAGUUUCGUCACUGCUUUAUGGGGGUCUGCUCUGGAAAGCCAGGCCUGGUAUUCUCUAUCAGCAGGGGUAUAUACAGCUGUAUUCAUGGAGUUCCUAUUGAAGAUAGACAGUCUACCAUGAACUCGCCAUCAGCAACGAUGAAUAACACCCACUCUAAUAUACUUCGUCUUCUGCGUACUGCCAAGAACAUGGCCAAUCUUUCUGGAGUGAAUGGUUCUCCACAGAGUGCAUUAGACUUCAUAAGACGAGAAUCUUCAGUAUAUGAUAUAUCUGAACACCGGAGGAGUUUUACUCAUUCUGAUUGUAAAUCCUUUCAGCCAGAGGAGAAUCUUUUCAGUGACUACAUCUCGGAAGUGGAAAGGACCUUCGGUAACCUUCAACUUAAAGACAGUAAUGUCUACCAAGAUCAUUUCCAUCAUCAUAGGCCACACAGUAUAGGAAGUAAUAGUUCUAUUGAUGGGUUGUAUGACUGUGAUAAUGCUCCUUUCACAACACAGCCAAGAUCAUUGUCAAAGAAACCUUUAGAUAUAGGCUUGCCAUCCAAACACCCAACACCACAAUUAGGCGAUAUUUAUGGAAAAUUUUCAAUCAAAAGCGAUCGGUACGGAGUCCAUGAUGAUUUAAUUCGAUCAGAUGUUUCAGAUAUAUCCACCCAUACAGUCACCUAUGGCAAUAUUGAAGGUAAUGCAAAAAGGAGAAAACAAUAUAAAGAUAGUUUGAAGAAGCGUCCAGCAUCAGCUAAAUCACGUAGGGAAUUUGAUGAGAUAGAAUUAGCCUACCGAAGACGCCCAAGAUCUCCUGAUCACAAGCGUUAUUUUAGAGACAAGGAGGGACUGCGAGAUUUUUAUCUGGAUCAGUUCCGAACGAAGGAGAACAAUCCACAUUGGGAACAUGUAGAUCUAACAGAUAUCUACAAAGAACGAGGGGAGGAUUUUAAACACGAAAGCUCUUGUUCUAACAGGAAACAUACUGCUGAGUUUGGGCAGAACGAAAGGAAACUUGCCGCCGGAGGAAAUGCUUGGGAGAAAAAUAUUGGUAAUAUGGAGUGGGAGGACAGAAAUGCUACUAACUUCUGUCGAAAUUGCCCUUCAAAGGUGCACAACUACACGGGUCAAAAUGCUAACCGCCCAGCUUGUAUUCGAUGUGAGGUGUGCAAGAAAGCAGGAAACCUUUAUGACAUCAGCGAGGAUAAUUCUCUACAAGAUUUGGAUGCCAGACCAAUUCCACCUGCCAAUUCCAAAUAUCCUCAAAGUCCAUCGAAUGGCAAAGCCCAGAAGCGUAACCGAAGUAAACUUCAUCGCCAGCAUUCUUAUGACACUUUUGUGGACCUUCAGAAAGAAGAUGUGACCUUAGCACCCCGGAGUGUCAGCUUGAAGGAUAAGGAACGCUUCCUAGAUGGUAGCCCAUAUGCCCACAUGUUUGAAAUGCCCAAUGAAUCUUUUGCCAGCAAGUCCCAUGGCUCAAGCCACAAUCCUGGGGGAUACAUGCUCAGCCGCUCCCUUUAUCCUGACCGAGUCACCCAAAACCCAUUUAUUCCCACAUUUGGGGAUGACCAAUGUCUGCUGCAUGGGAGCAAGCCCUACUAUUUUAGGCAACCUGCUAUUGGUGGCUUGAAGGGAAGGUCGGACUUCCGAGGGACUGGUAAAUCACUCACUGCUCUACAAGCAGGUCCCCCAGGACGUUUCCAAAAAGACAUUUGUAUAGGCAACCAACCCAAUGCCUGCAUUGCAAACAAUAAGAACCCCAGAUCUUUCAACAAUUCUACUAAUGGCCAUGUGUAUGAGAAGUUAUCCAGCAUUGAAUCUGAUGUCUGAGGGGGAGGUGGGCUGGGACCUAAAUUCUCCCCUUCCCAAUUCCAAAAUGUUACUCUCUUACAGUGAAACAGGACAGAGGUGUUCCUGAAUGCUGUCGGAGUGGGAUAAGAUUCAGCCUUUCUAUUCCCUCUCAUCUUUCUUCUCUUCCUGGGGCCAUCUCGUAUUUCUAUUCAUGUGAAGUUCAUAUCCCAGCCUGAAGAAGCAUUGAGAUGACAUCAGAUGGGGUGGGGGAAUCUUUGUUUUCAUUUACAAAAGACUUGGGCUGAGCGCUGUAAGGGAGGGAGGAGGAUUGAAUAUGUACAGACAUUCUUAAGUUUUCUUCCAAAACCAUGAAAUGAAGCGCUGGGACAGGACUAAGUUUCAGGAGGGUCUUUUGCAAAGAAGGUGGCACAGGGAAAGUUUUAGAAUGGCAGAGGGCACUGCUUAUAGGGAACUUCUACAAAACCUUCUGAGUGUAAGGGUGCGCAGUGAGCAUCCCUGUUAUUGAGCCAAUGAUAUAUGUUAUAUACAUUGAAAAGGUAACUGGGAACUGCCCAUUGUAAGUGGUAUUGUAUGUUUGUGCUGAGCAUGCCUGAGGACACUGACAGCCAGAUGUCUACGAUCAGAUGAAGCAUUAAGUAGGAUACAUCCAUUUGUCCAUCCACGUUACACCUACAUUUCCGAUUAUGCUCAUACACGUCAUAAAUCUGAUUCAGUUUCCUCUAUCACAUUUAGUCUCUUUAGUCAGCAACUAUUUAGGGUGUAAAAUUAACCAAGGAAAAGAAUAUAUUCAAUGCUACCAAAACAAUUGAUAUUUUCUUUAAUAACUUGAAAGGAUUUUUGCCGAUUGCUCAGGAAGACAAUAACACGACACUAUUCUAGGCUGUUGACAUUACUGCGCAUGAACAUUUUAGUCCAUAAGCGGAAAAAAAGAACACAUUAUAACAGUAAACUCUUACAGAGAAUCCAGCAGUGUAAACUUAGAAUAGUUUUUAUAUCUUUUUAUAUUUAGUUGGCUGUGCAAAAAUUCUAGAUCCUGCUGUCUGGCAGUUCACGAUUUCAAUAUUUCCAGCCAUAAUAAACAUAAUUUAUCGGACUGUUUUAGGAAACUAGACAUAGAAAUAGACAUAGGAUAGAAAUCACAUCAGGAUCCAAGGGCUUCCUAGCAUGGCACUGUCUUUUCCCGAAACAGCACCAGUCUGGGCUAAAGAGUUAUAGAUGUCCUUCAUAGUGAAGGAAGAAUUGUUGGCAUAUUUAAAAACUUCUUUUCAAAUAGUUUUCACCAUUUUCCACAAAAAAAAUGUAAUUUGUCUUUACAGAUUAGUUAUCGCAUCCGUACAGAACCCUAUGUUUUAAUGGAUAAGCAGCUUAAAGAGAGGUAUUAGAACAAUCUUGAUUGUUAACAGGGGUCUAGUAAGACAUUAAGAUGGUGGUAUUUGUUUUUCUGCUGCAUCUCAGCCUGCAGUGCAGUAUUCACAUAAGUAUUUCCAUCACAUUUCGUAGAGUUAAACACAUUGGAAGCGCGAUGGAUGGACAAUGGGAAGAUUGUAUUGGGAACGGUAUGGUUGAUGUGAUGAUUGUGGGCAGUAUCCUAGCACAAGAGCUAUGACCAUAAGGGCAUUAUAUUUUCAUUUCUCUUAGAUGAUACUUGGUUAUAGCUAGAGAUAAUGGGAAGCGUCAACCUAGCCUCCAAAUAGUCCUUCCGUCACGUUGAAUGUGAGGGGAGAGAAAUCAGGGUGCCGCUUCGGUCAUCAGAAAACCAGGAUGGAAUCACACUGUCCAUAGUUAAUUUAUUUUCUCUUUUUUUUGUAAAUAUGUGGUUGAAACUUUUUUGAAUAGACUUAUAAAUGAAUUUAUAAUAACACAGAGGGAGAUGGCUGUGUGUCCUUCCCCCGAGACACCUAUUUUUAUAGGUUUCAAGGCUCUGUAUCCCUGUGCCAUUUCCCUGAGCUUCUGGAUCAUAGUUCUUAUUUGCUAUUUUUUUUAUCAACUUCAUGUGCCAAUUUUAUAGAGCUUGGUCCUGGAUGGGUUAAGAAGCUCUUUUAUGUGCCAAUUGCUUGAGUUGUCCAGUGCCAAGCUCAAAUCCAUGUGCCAAAAUACUGAAGCCACCUUAGAAACGAGACUCUCAUCAACUUCUACCCUGACUUAAUAAAUAGCCUACACAUCUAUGAAGCCAUUCAACCAGAAUGUGAAACUGGUAUUAUAUCCAUGUUGUUAACCGGUGGAGUCGCUGACAGAACAUAUUAUAACCCCUUCUCUGCCAUGUUGUUCCUCAGCUAACUCUUUCAAAGGCAUUGAAAUGAAAGAUACCUCUUGCGGUCUAAUGAACACUUUCAGGCAUGUGUAUCAAGGUCCAGUUUGGGGCAGAAUGUUGGUGCUGCAGUGGGUUUCGUGGUUAAAAGGUGUGGAUUCGGUUCUGUAGAACUCGACCUGCACGUAAAAACUUGACUCUGAAUGAUCUUUUACAUUUGUAUAGUAUAAUAUUUAAAUUAAGUUGUAUAUUAAAUAUACUUGAUGACUAAUAGUAUGGCAAAAUGGAAAACAACAAAAAAGAUUUAACGAGUUGCAUUUUAGUAAGCAGUACCUAACACAUGGUUAUGCCUUAAAAUAAACUGCACAUUGUACAAAGUGUUUGCACUACAUUGCGACCCCUUUGCUACCCUUUUGGUUUUGCCAAACUGGAAUUAGGUCAAAAAGUCCAAAAUGGCGUGCAGCAGACUUGUCAAACCUAUAUCUUUCAACCAAACAAAAAAUUAUUUCUAGAAUACUUUAUUAUACAUUAUUUUUACAUUGUUAUACUUUCAAUUAUUAUUAUUAUUUUUUAAAUAAUAUUCCAAGAUCAAAGUUAUCCCCUCUCCUGUGGAGUAGCUGGGUGGGGGACUGAUUGCCGAAACCCCACCAAUCCUAUCAAUGAAACAAUUGUUUCUUGAAUGAAUGAAAGAAACAGAAAAAAGCAUGGUCGGCCAGCUCUCCUUUUAUAUUCUAUGUGGCUUCCAAACAUGGCCAAGCUCUGAUCUAAGCAAUACCCGAAAACCCAGUAAGUUAAACAGAUUUGUAAAUUAUUUCUAUUUAAAAAUAUCAACCCUUCCAGUACUUAUCAGCUGCGUAAAGUACAGAUAUACUACAGAGAAAUUUGUGAAGUUCUUUUCAAUCUGACAACAGUGCUCUCUGCUGACAUCUCUGUCCGUGUCAGGAACUGUCCUGAGCAGGAGAGGUUUUCAAUGGGGAUUUGCUUCUAAUCUGGACAGUUCCUAACAAGAACAAAGGUGUCAGCAGAGAGCACUGGGGUCAGACUGGAAAUAACUUCACAAAAUUCUCUGUAGUAUUCAGCAGCUGAUAAUUACUGGAAGGCUUCAGAUUUUUUAUUAGUAAUUAAGUAAUUUACAAAUCUGUUUAACUUUCUGGCAUAAGUUGAUUUGAAAACAUUUGUUUUCCACUUGUUUCCACCGGAGUUCCCCUUUAAUGGAGCACUGGCCGUACAUGUGUGCUGCCUUAUCAUUAAUUUGGGGGACAGUUAACCUCCAUUAAUUUUUAAGUAUUGUCCAGGCCCCCACCAAUCAGUGAGUUAUCCUCUAUCCUGUGUUAGGGGAUAACUUUUGAUAUUGGAUAACCCCUUUAAGGAACCAGCUAAAGUUAGUUACACAGGCCCCUGGUCUACAGAAUCGGUUGUUUUGUGCGACGUAGAUUCAGAUACAAUGUAGAACUGACAUCAUCUUCCUGUUGAUUUAAGUUGCUGACAUUACAAGGUGACCCCCCCCCCCCCCCCCCCCUCUGCCAUAUUGUUCUUUAGCUGACAAAUAGUACUUUGGUGCAUAAACAGAAUUUAAGCACUCAAGUGUUCUGUAUUAAGGAUUUAUGUGUUUAUUUUAGCAUUUCUUAUUCAUUGAUUUUCUUCCUUACACUUUCCAAAAUAUCCCUAUUAGUCAUCUUGACUAUGAUGUCCUAUUCAAAUCGUAUAUAUAUUGCAUCCAUUUUAAAUAAAUGCCAAGAAGGCUCCUGAUGUAUAUGUUUACAUAUAUGUAAAUGGUGGAUGCCAUAACGUUUUCACUUAUAUUGACUCGUAAAAAUAUAAACCUUAAAAUUAUUUUUUUUUAAAGAGGCAAUCACAUUUAUUAUACAUAAAGACUCACUGUAAAAAAUAAAUAAAUGUAGACUUUUUUGCAGAAUAUACUUUGGAUACACUUUUGCCCUUCACCUGGCAGAAAACUAAGGUCAUGUAUACCACAUAUUUUAGGAGCUAUCAUGGCUUAUAAUAAACAUAGAAGAAGAGCGUUAUAUGGACUGAUCCUAAGUAUUUUUAACCAAUCUGGUUUUACAUAUUUUUCUGAUUAAAAUUGCAUAAUUUAAAUACUAAUUCACUCCACUUUAAAAGUAAGCCACCUCAGAGUAUUGUGUAUAAAUGUGGAACACGGCGGUAAUGCUGUAAGGCACUCUCCUCUGAAGAUGUGAAAGGUGAAGAUGUUCUUCCUUCAUUCUUUAUUAGGUCACAUAAACAGCUAUAUAACAAUUUAGUAUACUGUAGUGCAGCGUUCUGGUACGUUAGGUUUGCAUUAACAUGGUGUAUGUCUAAGUGCACAGGGAAUAAGGGGAUGCACACGGGACGUGUUGCACUACAUAAAAUAAUUUGGCACUUCAUCCGGACGAAUACUCCUUAAUGUCUAGAUACCUUUGAUCUAGAAAAGAUGCUUGCUUUAGGAGAAGAUGCUGCAGAGGGCAAUAGCUUCUGUGUGCAAUUGAGAUGCAAUUACCCAUUCAUUGCAUGUAUCUAUGUGUAAUCAUGUAUUCAGGGAUAAUUGCAAGUGCCAUGCGGUAAUUGCAGUGUCAGUCUGAGCGCUCCUCAUGAUGUCAUGUGUAUUGGCUUAUAACACAUUCAUACUGCUUGGUCAUUAAUUAUCUUCUAGUAAAAGAAACAUUAAAAGGGGGAUAGAGGCAAAGAAACCUAUUGAUAUUUUACUGAAGAUAGCUAAAUAAUCCAGCUUUACAGCUAUAUUCAAAUACACUACAUUCACUAGUAAGCUGGCCAUCCAUUGGUCUUAGAAUACGGUUCUUUAAUAAAUAAAUAGUCUUCACUUAUCCAAAAAUAAAAAAAGGAAUGACACCAGACAGUAAGGUAACUGCCUGUAAACCAAAAUGACACAAUAUUUUGUUGUUCAAGGACUGUUUCAGGACAAACUUGGAUUUUUCGCCCAAUCUGUAGGAUAAGUCUUAGGAUAAAAAGGAUACGUAAAGUUUCUUUCUUCCAAAAGGAAUAGUGCUCUGUUGCCACCUUUUGGAGAAUGAAUCUUUUUAAGUCAAGUCAAGAUUUUUGUAAAAAGCCUUAGAACAGAAUGGGGAUUAGAAAAUCUGAACCAAAAUCUCUCUCAGAAAGCAAAGUUACCCAAUUGGGUAACUUGGUUAUCUUUCCUUUUUGGGAGAGAUUCUGGCUUGGUUUAUUUAAUCUCAAGUCAUGAUUAAAGGCUUCUUGAAGAAAUCAAGCAUUGACUUGAAGGAGUCCUAUGACCAAAAGGUGGCAGCAGAGAGUAAGCUCUAUUUCUUUUUGAAGAGAAAUACUUUGCAUUCCCUUUUUGUCCCGGAAUUCCCAAUGGAGCAUUAUAGAUCGAAAAGUCUUCACACACCUUUUAAAGCUCAUCUCAAGGAGAAACAUUACAUUACCGCUUUUGUCCCACAGUCAUAAGAGAAAAUGAGGACAGCGCUAAGAAAGCAAAUCUAAGAAAUCUGCUAAGAACCGAUAUACACUGCUUAAAAAAAUAAAGGGAACACAAGAUAACACAUUCUGAAUGAAUGAACUAAUCGUAUGAAAUACUUUCGUCUAUACAUAGUUGAAUGUGCAGACAACAAAAUCACACAAAAAUUAUCAAUGGAAAUCAAAUUUAUCAACCCAGGAAGGUCUGGAUAUGGAGUCACACUCAAAAUCAAAGUGGAAAACCACACUACAGGCUGAUCCAACUUUAUGUAAUGUCCUUAAAACAAGUAACAAUGAGGCUCAGUAGUGUGUGUGGCCUCCACGUGCCCAUAUGAUCUAACUACAAUGCCUGGACAUGCUCCUGAUGAGGUGGCGGAUGGUCUCCUGAGGGAUGUCCUCCCAGACCUGGACUAAAGCAUUCGCCAACUCCUGGACAGUCUGUGGUGCAACGUGAAGUUGGUGGAUGAAGCGAGACAUGAUGUCCCAGAUGUGCUCAAUCAGAUUCAGGUCUGGGGAACUGGCGGGCCAGUCCAUAGCAUCAAUGCUUUCCUCUCGCAGGAACUGCUGACACACUCCAGCCACAUGAGGUCUAGCAUUGUUUUGCAUUACGAGGAAACCAGGGUCCACCGCUCCAGCAUAUGGUCUCACAAGGGGUCUGAGGAUCUCAUCUCGGUACCUAAUGGCAGUCAGGCACAUGGAGGGCUGUGCAGCCCCCACACCAUUAAUGACACACCGCCAAACCAGUAAUGCUGGAGGAUGUUGCAGGCAGCAGAACAUUCUCCACGGUGUCUCCAGACUCUGUCACAUGUGCUCAAUGUGAACCUGCUUUCAUCUGUGAAGAGCACAGGGCCCAAGUGGCGAAUUUGCCAAUCUUGGUGUUCUCUGGCAAAUGCCAAACGUCCUGCACGGUGUUGGGCUGUAAGCACAACCCCUCCUGCAGACGUCGGGCCCUCUUACCACCCUCAUGGAGUCUGUUUAUGACUCUGGAGGUCAUUUUGCAGGGCUCUGGCAGUGCUCCUCCUGCUCCUCCUUGCACAAAGAUGGAGGUAGCAGUCCUGUUGCUGGGUUGUUGCCCUCCCACGGCCUCCUCCACAUCUUCUGAUGUACUGGCCUGUCUCCUGGUAGCGCCUCCAUGCUCUGGACACUACGCUGACAGACACAGCAAACCUUCUUGCCACAGCUCGCAUUGAUGUGCCAUCCUGAAUGAGCUGCACUACCUGAGCCACUUGUGUGGGUUGUAGACUCCGUCCCAUGCUACCACUAGAGUGAAAGCACCACCAGCAUUCAAAAAGGAAGCAAAGGAACCGAGAAGUGGUCUGUGGUCACCACCUGCAGAACCACUUCUUUAUUGGGGUGUCUUGCUAAUUGCCUAUAAUUUCCACCUGUUGUCUGUUCCAUUUGCACAACAGCAUGUGAAAUUGAUUGUCAAUCAGUGUUGCUUUCUGAGUGGACAGUGUGAUUUCACAGAAGUGUGAUUGACUUGGAGUUAAAUUGUGUUGUUUAAGUGUUCUCUUUAUUUUUUUGAGCAGUGUACAUCAGGAGGUGGACUGGCAAUGUUCAUUUGUUACUUUCAUUCCCUUAAAGGGGUACUCUGGGGAAAAACAUUUUUUUUUUUAAAUGAACUGGUGCCAGAAUGUUAAACAGAUUUGUAAAUUACUUCUAUUUAAAAUCUCAAUCCUUUCAGUACUUAUUAGCAGCUGUAUGCUACAGAUGAAAUUCUUUUCUUUUUCUAUUUCAUUUUUUUGUCUUGUCCACAGUGCUCUAUGCUGACACCCUCUGUCCAUGUCAGGAACUGUCCAGAGCAGUGUAUGUUUGCUAUGGGGAUUUUCUCCUGCUCUGGACAGUUCCUGAUACGGG